AUGAGGUGGAACGAACUGAUACCGGAAAGCGCAUGGGUCGUGCAAGACCUAUUGACAAAAGACGAGUGCGAGCACUUUGUACUACGCGCCAAGAGUCUUGGAAUCCAAGACAAAACUGCCACAGGCGACGUCCGCCAUCGCAACUCCACCACGGUUUGCUUGGACGACAAGGAAAUGGCAGACCGGAUAUUUGACCGAAUUAGGAACCAAAUCCCGCAAGAAAUAGUGAUUGACGAACAUUACCAGAACCCUGGCUUGGUCACUAAGAACAAUCAAUUGUACGGAAAGUGGAAGCCAUGUGGGUUGAACUUCCGGUGGAGGCUUGUGUGCUAUCCAGGCGAAGGACACUUUGGUCCACAUCGGGAUGGUUACUAUGAAGUCGACGAGCAUCAUAGAUCAUUUAUUACGAUAAACGGUUUCCUCACAGAUAGACCACCAGGCUUUGGCGGGGCCACCCGCUUCGUUAAGGACGAAAUCGAUGCAGUGCUUAAUGAUGAUGGCAUCUUCUCGACCUCUGAGUCAGAUGUAUUACAUCGUGUGGAGGCCGAGCAAGCAGGCACAGCUAGUGUAUUCUUCCAUGACUUGAUGCACGAUGGAGAGCCUUUGAAGACAGGCAGUCCGCCAAAAUGGCUCUUCCGAACAGAGAUCAUGUACCAGCGAGACCCGAAAUCGGCACCGACGUUAACAAAAACGGAGGUCGAGGCAAGGCAAUUCCUAGGACUGGCGGAGGAAUCAGAAUCAAACGGAGAGAUAAACAAGGCAAUAUUGCUCUACAACCGGGCAUACCGACUAGAUCCCCGAUUGGAAGACCAACAAUACGGCUAA